UUGCUCGACCGAACCCGAGAGGGAGCGAGGGAAACCAUCUGCGGCGAUGAUAUAAAUUCCCAUGGCCUUCGUCUCCCUAGGUUCAGCAAGGCUGUUAGCUUUCCAGCAAAUUGAUUCGCAUUCCCUCUGCUUCUUCUCAACCCCAAGAAUUUUCUUCUUUACUUCGAGGAGAAAACUAGGGUUUCGCUUUUGCGGCGUUCGUUGCGGUUCCGGGAGCGGGGCCAUGGCCGCGGAGCCUCGACCGGCGGUGAAGGUUCGGAUUGAUCUCACAAUGAACGAGGAGACGAUCUUCCGACGUUUGCUCGACGUGAUAGACCAUUUUAAGCUGAAUACGCAACUCCGGGUCGCUGGGGGCUGGGUACGAGACAAGCUUUUGGGAAAAGAUUGUUAUGAUAUUGAUAUAGCGUUGGACAACAUGUUGGGUCGGGAAUUCUGUGAAAAAGUCAAUGAAUAUCUGCACUCUACUGGUGAAGAAGUACAAGGAAUUGGUGUCAUCCAAUGCAAUCCAGAUCAAUCGAAACACCUGGAAACUGCUAGGAUGUGCAUAUACAGUACAUGGAUUGAUUUUGUGAACUUGAGAUCUGAAUCAUAUGCUGAGAACAGCCGCAUCCCUAAAAUGAAGUUUGGAACUGCUGAAGAAGAUGCUUACCGUAGGGAUCUAACUAUCAAUAGUUUAUUUUACAAUAUUAACACUACUUCAGUGGAAGAUUUAACUGGAAGGGGCGUUCAGGAUCUGAAGGAUGGAUAUAUUGUCACUCCUUUACCGCCAAGAGAAACUUUCUUAGAUGACCCACUUCGUGUUUUGCGAGCGAUUCGUUUUGGUGCUAGGUUCAAUUUUAAGUUGGAUGAGGACCUAAAAAUAGCUGCUUCUGAUGAGGAAGUUAGAGAUGCUCUCAUGAGUAAAAUUAGCCGAGAACGUGUUGGUCAUGAGAUUGAUCUGAUGAUUUCUGGAAAUCGACCUGUCACAGCAAUGUUUCAUAUUUGUGAUUUGCAGUUGUUCCAUGCUGUUUUCACAUUGCCUGAGAACGCACAACCUGAGAUUGUUGAGGGUUGUGACAGACUGUGUGUUUCAUAUAUGGAAGCAGCAUUGAAUGUGCUUCAACUAAUAGGCUUUUCGACAUUCAGUGAUGAACAAAAGAGACUAUAUUUGUAUGGGGCACUUUUUCUUCCUUUGAAAAAUACAGUUUACACUGACAACAAGUCAAAAAAGAUUCCAGUAACUAACUUUAUCAUACGAAAUUCUUUGAAGCUGAAAGCUAAUGAUGCUGAAAUGGUGUUCGCCUUACAUGGUGCAGUUGAGAGGUUUAGUUCAUUACUUCCUUUCUUGGAAUCAGAUAGAGAGCCUGUACCAGCUGAAGCCAAGCUUGAAGACGAAUUCCUUGAUAUACCACCAGCUUCAAGGAAGCGGGUCUUGGCAGGAUUGCUUCUGCGUGACAUAAAAAGCUUUUGGCGUGUCGCGUUGUUGCUGUCCACUCUCUUGCAUCCAAUUGAUGAAACUAUUGGAUAUUCUCGGAACAAAGAAUCAGAAAGAAGGAAAAUUUUCAGAAAAGUUGAGAGGAUCAUUACUGUUUUUGGCCUUGACAAUGUAUGGGAAGUGAAGCCUUUGCUUGAUGGAAAGGCAAUAAUGGGUGUUUUACAGCUUAAAGGCGGAGGUCCCCUUAUCCGAGAAUGGCAACAGAGGAUGAUUAAAUGGCAGCUCGCUCAUCCUGAUGCCACUGCAGAGGAAAGCCUUGAAUGGAUGCAGCAGUCUCAAGCAAAAAGAGCAAAACUUGACUGUUGUCCUUGAAUUCUUUCUGCAUCUAAAGCUUCCUCGCAAGGUUGGGCACUCAUGGCCGAGGUUUGGAAUUUAUUAAUUCUUGCCGAGAUCUUUUAUAUUGUUCUCUGCACUAGUUCGAUUUGGCCAAUCAUAUAUAUCUAAUUUAUUACUUUGUGGUAACGAUAUCUCAGCAAAAGAUUAAAUGACAUAAAUUAGUUAAAAGAGGAAGGUUUUAUUUAUAUCAUA